GCGCUCGAGCCAGGGCAGAAGUAGUUGGGCGCCUGGGCUUGGGGGGAAUUUCUUUCCGCUCAGCCUCGGCGAUUCUACCGACAUGGCAAGCCCGCGGAGCUGCUGGCUGGUGCUUGUUCUCGCCAGUGUGGUGCCUGACGUGCAGUUGUACUUACAAGUCAGGCCUUCCUGUAGCAGUGAGCAACAUUAUGAAUAUUCUGGCCGAUGCUGCACCAAAUGUGAACCAGGAAAGUACGUGGCCAAAAAGUGCACUGCCUCUUCAGAGACUGUAUGCAGACCCUGUGGCUCAAAUGAGUAUAUGGACAUCUGGAAUGAAGAGGAAAAGUGUUUUCUUCAUAAAAUAUGUGAUAGGGGAAAAGCUUUAAUAGAAGUGAUUCCAGGAAACAGCACAUUCCAAAGACAAUGUGCUUGUAUUGCUGGCUAUCAUUGGAACAGAGACUGUGAUUGCUGUCGGCGAAACACAAAAUGCUCUCCCGGUUCUGGAGUGAAAUUUCCCAUACAGCAAGAUAAGAAUACAGUGUGCAUACCAUGUCCCACUGGUUAUUUCUCUAAUGUCUCCUCUGCAACUGAUGCAUGCAAAGCCUGGACAAAUUGCACAGCUUUGGGAACUGAAGAAAAGAUCCCUGGGAAUGAUUGGUCUGAUGCAGUUUGUAAGACACAAGAGAGAACACAUUCAGAAGAUGAAAACAAGAAAUUGUUUUAUGUGUUGAUUGUUCCAUUCCUCCUCAUCGCCUUGGCUGGUAUAAUUAUCUUUACUGUAUAUUAUCGAAGUAAGGGAAAACUAUUGACAGCAGAUUUACAAUACUGGGCUCAGGAAAUAUGCCACCAAAUAAAAAGGAAAAAGGAUUCUUCUUGUGAUACAUUUGUAAACACAAAUGUAGUACAUCCUGCUGGCCUUCAGCUUUUGGGAGGGACUUAUUUGCUGGAUCUUGACAAAUAUUGCUUUCCAGAUGAGAUACAUUACCCAUGUGAGCACCUGCUGAGUGAAAAAGAUGGUCCUGAUAAAAUACUUUACGGAUCAAGAGAAAAUUUCCCAACAUUGUUUCUAACUACCAUUUCUGAAGACGGCCACUUUAGACAGACUCCUAUGGAGGAUGAAUACACAGACAAAGUAUCCCAUGGGCAAUGUUACUUACCUUUAGUGAGCCAAUCUGAUAGCAAACCUGAAUCACCCUUCUCUGAACCGCUAGAGGUGGGAGAGAAUGAGAGCUUGAAUUACUUCUUCACAGGAACAGAAAAUCUGGAGGAAUUAGUAAACUGCUGUUGCUUGGAUCCAUCAUGUGCAAUGGACCCUAUUCAUGCUUCCUCACACAAAAACCUGCAGAGUUCUUGUAAUCAUUUCACUUGUGCCAAGAUGAGAGGUGUUGAUAAUGAAGAUACAAGUACUUCCCUACUGGUGUCUGAAGAAAAGCAUAGCUUUGCCAGUUCAUCUUGCAGACAACCUCCUAACAAACUGGAUAAUGCCACAGAUUCCUUAAAAGAAAAUGGAUCUUCUCUGCUAGGGACCUGUGGUUUGGAAUCUUCUUCUGUAGACCAAAAUGGAUCAUCAAACAAUAUUGGAGACAAAAGUGAAUCAUCUGAUGGAAAGGACACAAAGGACCAGAAUGCAAAAAGAACAUCUGAGUCAAGCUACAAUGUUUCAGAUCCCCCAGCAGCAUCUGGAAAUGUGACGGGAAAUGGGAACUCUACGUUCAUUUCAAGUGGACAAGUCAUGAAUUUUAAGGGGGAAAUUAUUUUUGUCUACGUUAGUCAGAACUCCCAGGAAGGAUCAAUGUCUCCUGGAUCAAGUGACGACAGCCUGGGGAACCCAGUGCAAGAGGAAAACCUAAACCGCUGUGAGACAUUUGCAGGCAAUGCUCACCAGUAUAAAGAAAAAUGUGCUGGAAUCAGUACGUCUCACGGCAUGGAAUCCGGAGAACCUCAAAGCAAUGUAGAAGGGUAUAAGAGGACUUUUGGGCCUAUUGGUCAAGAAGAGAAUUGUGAAAGCCAGAAGAAGAACUUUUCUCAUGAGGCCUCACAGCCUGUACAAGAGGAAGGGAAGCCAGGAUAUUCUUAAAGGAGAUGGUGCAUCGACACAGACUAAUGCUGGUUAUCGGUAUUCAGUCAAAAGAACACUACCAUCCACUGAACAUGAUCUGGAAAAGAGAUGCAGAUAGCACUAAUUAAGCAAAAGAAGCCUUCUGCUGGUUGCUGAGAUUUCAGACUGCUGUGACUGUUGGUUUACAAGGGGUUUCUUUUUUUUUUUGCUCCACUAUAAAAAUGGUAGAGGAGACUGUUGGAUACUAUUAAUGCUAUGUGGAAUAUUUUGGUUUGCCAAGAAAAGGGUAAUGUUUGGGGAUUCAGGGAUGAGGUGUGUUGUGUCAUUGCUGUUCUUCCAGAUGCCAAGGAUUAUGUUCCUGUGGAAUUGACACAUGCUACUUAAGACUCAUCCAGAGGAUUUGUGUUUCUAGAAUGGUAGCUCCUGUUUAUA